AUGAAGAACCCAUUCUGCUCCGAACGGCUACACUACCGCGCCAUCCGCGACACGCCCGAAGACGAAGCAUUCGUGCAUUCGGUCCAGAAUGACCCCGAAGCGUACGGCCUAUCCAACAUGACGCUGCUGCGGCCCGAAACCACGAGAGCGAGCGGCGAGUGGAAGAAGUACCUGGCGGAAAAAUGCCUGAUUGCCGUCAUCAUCUGCAUCGCGCCGCCGCUGCCGGCAACCGCCGCCGAGGAGAAAGCGGCGGUGCCGAUAGGCAUCAUUUCGCUCACGAAUCCGCAGGUAGGCCAUGAGCAUCACCGCAACAGCAACAUCGGCGUCGACAUCCUCGCGGCGCACAGGGGCAAGGGGUACGGCGGCGAGGCUAUCCAGUGGAUCGUUGAUUGGGGGUUCCAGUACGCAGGGCUGCACCGCAUCGGGCUCGAGUGUUUUUCCUACAACGAAGGCGCUGCGAGGCUGUACGAGCGGCUGGGGUUUGUGGCUGAGGGGCGCAAGAGGGAGACGGUUUGGUUCGACGGCGCGUGGCAUGACAUGCUGCAGUUUUCGAUGCUGGAGCAGGAAUGGAAGGAGAAACAGCGGGAGGCUGGGAGGUAG